CACAACAAAUAUUGACUGGGCCCAGAGUCACUCAGUCCGGUGGAUUUUAACCUCUGCUCUUCAGAUCGCUGCAGGAACACACAGACUCCUUCUCUUCUGCUGCUUUUCUUUUGUUUGACCAAAGAUAUGAGUGUGUAAGCCUGGAAACAUGAGGGGUUUGCUGCUACUGCUUCUUCUGGGCCUCCUGGCCCUCCAUCAGAGCUCCUGCUUUGAGUUUGUGAUAGACGGGGAAUGGGAGGAUGAAGAGCCAGAAGCUCCGGAUCAUCAGGAGAGACACAAGAGAGCAACGCUGACCAGUGAGGAGGAGGAGGACUUUGAGGCCGUCCGAGGAGAUGACAUCACUGUGAAGAGCUACAGGGUGGAGAGCCGCAUCACUUCCCGCUUUGCUCACACCUCCAUCAGAAGCUCAGUGACCAACUCAGGCUCCAGAGCUCAGAGCAUCGGCUUCAGCGUAAAGAUUCCUAAACGGGCUUUCAUCUCCAACUUCACCAUGAACGUGAACGGCAUCACGUUUGUCGGCUCUGUGAAGGAGAAGACUGUGGCCAGGAGACUUUACGCCCAGGCCACAGCCAGAAACAAGGCAGCAGGCAUUGUCAGGACCAACUCACAGGACCUGGAGACCUUCAACACAGAGGUCCAUGUUCCCCCUGGCAGUAACAUUGAGUUUGAGCUCCACUACCAGGAGAUGAUGGAGAGGAGACUUGGUUGGUACGAGCACUCCCUGCACCUUCAGCCGGGGAGACUUGUCCCAAAGUUCCAGGUGGACGUAUACAUUUAUGAACCGAAGGGGAUCUCAACGUUAGAAGUACCCAACACACUCGGAGAGCAGUUUGCAGAGCUGAUUAAUGUAACAAGGAGCAAAGACAAGGCUCACAUUGUGUUCAAACCAAAUAUAAACCAGCAGAGAAAAUGUAAGAACUGCACAAGCAGUGCCAUCAACGGCGUCUUUUCUGUGAACUAUGAUGUGACCAGGGACAGCAACGCCGGGGAGCUGCAGGUUUCAGAUCUGCAUUUCAUUCAUUUCUUUGCUCCUUCAAACCUCUCCCCUCUGCCUAAAAACAUUGUUUUUGUCAUUGACGUCAGCGGAUCCAUGUGGGGAGUCAAGAUGAAGCAGACGGUGGAAGCCAUGAAGGCUAUUCUGGAUGACUUAAAAAUAGAAGAUCGCUUCAGUAUCAUUGACUUCAACCACAAUGUGCGGUGCUGGAAUGAGGACCUGGUCCCUGCCUCUUCAGUGAUGAUCACAGACGCCAAAAGAUACAUCCAGGACAUCAAGCCCAAUGGAGGAACCAACAUCAACGAGGCGCUGAUCAGGGCAGCUCAAAUGCUGGUGAGGGCCUCUAAUCAGGGCUUCAUCAACUCCCGCUCCGUCUCUAUGAUCAUCUUGGUGUCUGACGGAGACCCAACUGUAGGAGAGAUCAAGCUCAGCAAGAUCCAGAAGAAUGUGAAAAAAGUGAUGACCAAGGACUUCUCUCUCUUCUCGCUGGGCAUUGGCUUCGAUGUGGACUACGACUUCCUGGAACGCAUCUCCAUGGAGAACAGGGGCAUUGCCCGGAGGAUCUACGCCAACCAGGAUGCUGCUGAGCAGAUUCGGACCUUCUACAGUCAAGUAUCCUCUCCACUCCUGAAGGAAGUCGCCAUCCAUUUCACAGAGGGCACUGUGACCGAUGUCACCCAGACCUACUUUGAUAAGUACUUCGGGGGCUCAGAGCUGGUGGUGGCCGGAAAGGUGCAGCUGUCAGAGAGCACGACGCUAACCAGCUUUACCACGGCAGCAGCUGCCAGCGGGGACCUUACUUUACAUACAGACACUGAUGUUUUAGAGCUGGACACACAGCUGACCAUGCAGCAGCAUUCAUUCACUGGAUUUGCUAGACAGAUGUGGGCUUACCUGACCAUCAAACAGCUGAUCAGGGAAAGGGCUGUGGCUUCAACAGUUGGAAAAAAAAGAAAAAUCACCAAGCAAAUCACCGAACUGGCUUUGCAGCAUAGCUUUGUGACGCCGCUCACGGCUCUGCUGGUGGAGAACGAGGACGCCACAGAGAGGCUGCUGGCCGAUUCGCCAAAGGACCCCAGGCAGGGAUGCUGCACAGGCGGACAUGCUCUACCUGGGCCAGUUGACGUAGUCUAUUCCCGUCCACCACCCUGGGUCCAAACCCCCACCCCGACCCCUUCAAGUCAGGCUCGCGGGGGUCCAGUGGCGACUGCGCUGCCUUCAACGGUGAAUAUAGUGGACAAUGACCCUCACUUCAUCAUCCACCUGCCCCGAAGCAACAUGGACGUCUGCUUCAACAUCGACUCCAAACCGGGUCACAUCCUCAGCCUGGUGUCCGACGCUGGAACAGGUGUGGUUGUUAACGGCCAGCUAAUCAGCUCUAAGCAGCCUCACAGAGGUAAACUCAACACCUACUUCGGCAUCAUCUCGGUCUACUACCAACCUGAAGGAGUCAGCGUGACGGUGCACACGGACCGAAUCACCAUCAUCGCUGGCAGGACCCACCAGUCCUUCACCUGGAGCGCCACAGCUGAGAUAACCCAGGCGGGCGUCACGGGGCAGUUCUCCAGAGAGCCUGAGGUGAGCGUGUCCAACGUCCACCCAGGACCCAACCCGCUGAAGAAGGAGGCCACCAUGGAGGUCAAGGGUCAUAAGCUGCAGGUCACCAGAGGCUGGCAGAAGGACUACCGACACGACAGCAAGCGAGGCUUCAACGUCUACUGCUGGUUCAUCCAUAACAGCGGUAAGGGCUUCAUCGACGGCCAUUACAGCGACUACAUCCUGCCGGGUCUGAGCAGCUUCCUGCCGACGCCCUGAUGCUGACCUUCAGGCUCAGGCAGGAGAAGAACCGCCUCCACCACAGAUCUACUCUAUUCGCUUCUCCACAGAACACAGAGAGAAAUUUACCAAAUUUAUUUGAACAAAAUGG